AUGCUUCUCCUCGACUACCAGAACGUCCUCAUCGAAUCGCUGCUGAGGGAGCGUUUCCAAGGCGGCGCACCCUCGUCCAUCGACCAGGUCGUGUCCGACUUCGACGGCGUUACCUUCCACAUCUCCACGCCCGAGUCCAAAACCAAGAUCCUCGUCUCCAUACACGUCAAGUGCUACGCCGAGCUGGUGCAGUACGGCGCACAGGCAGUCCUAGAGCGCGAAUAUGGCCCCUACAUCGUGGCCCCAGAGUCGGGCUACGACUUCUCGGUGCAGGUAGACCUGGAGAACCUCCCAGAGGAUCAGGAGGCCAAGGAGGACCUGGUCAGGCGCAUAUCGCUCCUAAAGCGCAAUGCAAUGGCCGCGCCAUUCGAGCAAGCCUUCGACGAGUUCCAGCACCUGCAGGAGGAAGCUUCGAAAUACACAUCCGAGUCGGCGCCCCAGGGUGUCAAGGAGGGCGGUGAAGUGCGCGCUAUCCACUACCGAGAGGAAGAAGCCAUCUACAUCAAGGCGAGCUACGACAGAGUCACCGUCAUCUUCUCUACAGUCUUCCGCGAAGAGACGGACAGGAUCUUUGGCAAGGUCUUCCUGCAGGAGUUCGUUGAUGCCCGACGGAGAGCGAUCCAGAAUGCGCCGCAGGUCAUGUUUAGGAACGAUCCUCCGCUAGAGCUCCAGGGCAUUCCGGGCGUCGACACCUCGGGCUCAGCCGACAUUGGCUACAUCACCUUCGUGCUAUUCCCUCGUCAUCUCACAAAGCAGCGACGCGAAGAGGUCAUCUCACACAUCCAAACCUUCCGCGACUACUUCCACUACCACAUCAAAGCGUCCAAGGCCUACAUCCACUCAAGGAUGCGCAAGCGGACAGCUGACUUCCUGCAAGUCUUGCGCCGCGCUCGGCCAGAGGCGGAAGAGAAGGAGCGCAAGACUGCAAGUGGACGCACGUUCAAGGUACAAUCUUGA